AUGAUGUGGACGUACCUUCAUACGACUAUUAAUGACACCAUUUUGUUCAAGUUCUGGCAGGUCAAAUCGAGUACAGGUAAUUAAUUAACGACUUUCUAUUCGAACAUAACAGUUGCUUCCAAAAAUAUCACAGUAUUUCACAAACAUUAGAAGAUUUUUUUUGCGUUUUUCUAGAUAUGGCAGCCAGCUGUGCGAUCGUGUUUGUUAUGGCGGUUCUCCUUGAAUUCCUCAAAUUUGUGAGGCUUUCAGUUGAAAGGAAGAGUCAGGAUAAAUUGUAAGCCUUCAUCACAUCUUAAUGACUCGAUAAUUACCAUUUACUGACUAAAAUCUAACAUUUUUAAGCUUCCAGAUUAGUCACCAAAUCCUACUGUAG